GCUGCCACUUGAUACCAUCGGGUAUGCAUUCCGUGGCCUGGGAAGAUUACCUGCCGGAGUGCGCAGCCUGGGAAGAGUUUCCCACCAACUAAGGCUGGGCCAUGUAGGAAAUGCCUGAUAUUAGCUGAAUGAGAACUUGCAGGAUUCUGCCAAAUCUGAUUUACGAAAGAAACGGGAAAGAAACUGACCAGACGGCUCAUCAGACAAGACUGAAAUCUCAAGACUUUGAUUUUUUUUUUUUUGGUCCUUUUUCAUCUAGUUUUACCCAAAAGAUGUGUCUGGUAGACAGAGCCACAAAUAGGAAUUCUACAGAGGUUCAACCUGUUCUAGGACUAUUCUUGGGAAGCAUCUCGUUGAUGACAGUGGUUAUGAAUAUUUUGGUCCUGUAUGCAGUGAAAACAGAAAAGAAACUACAGACAGUUGGCAAUCUUUAUAUUGUCAGUCUUUCAUGUGCAGAUGUUAUAGUUGGUGCAGCUGUGAUGCCACUAAACAUUGUAUACUUGUUGAAGGAUAAGUGGAUCUUGGCCAGAAAAGCUUGCCUGUUUUGGCUGUCAAUGGAUUAUGUAGCCAGCACAGCAUCUAUAUUCAGCCUUUUCAUACUCUGUGUAGAUCGCUACCGUUCAAUCCAACAGCCUCUAAAAUAUCUCAAGUAUAGGACCAAAACUAGAGCCUCAGUCAUGAUUUCAAUAGCCUGGCUGCUGUCUUUUCUGUGGGUGAUUCCAAUUCUUGGCUGGCGUAAAUUUACCAGUCACAGUAGCAUGACAAUGAACAAUAGAACUGAGGAUGAAAAAAUAUGUGAAACAGAUUUUUGCAGAACCACAUGGUUUAAAGUCUUGACAGCCACAAUUAACUUCUAUGUACCAUCAUUACUGAUGCUGUGGUUCUAUGCCAAUAUUUACAGGACUGUCCGUAAGCAUUAUCAGCAUCGACAACUCAUAAAUGGAUCAGAUAGACCUGACUCAGGUAACAUGGCUGUGCAUAUUGGAAAGGUUCAGGAAAUGCAGAAGAUUUAUUCCCAAAGUUCAAAUAAAGAUAGAGGAAUUCUUUUUAGGGUAAAUGAUAGCUCUGAGCAAAACAAAAUAAUGGAAGCUAAACUUCCAUUAAGCAACUGUGUUACAAUCCCAGAGGAUUUUCAUAAAAGUGGUGACCGUGAGGUAAUGAAGCUUAACUGCUUUCCUCUGGCUAUAGUGCAGAAAGAUUUUGAGUUAGGCAAUACGAAGAGAAAAUAUGCCUGUGUCAGUACUGAAAAUAUAAAAAAUCCUAUCUCCCAAUUAGGCAAAAUAUCACAUAGGCAGAGUUUUGCAGAAAGUUCUUUGUCUAGAACCCACUCAGAUCCCUCCCUAGAGCAAAAUUCUUACACUGAGCAGUGUUUCCCUCAGAAGUGUUCCCAUAGAAGAGGUCUUCUAAGUCUCCAUCACCUGAAAAAGACACGGGGAAAGCUACAGACUGAUUCUGUUUGCCAAAGUCAAAAGUUGCAGGUGAACAGGGAGAGAAAGGCCGCCAAACAGUUAGGUGUUAUAAUGGCAGCUUUUAUGCUAUGCUGGAUUCCAUAUUUUGUAUUGUUUAUGGUCAUGGCCUUUUGCGAGACAUGUUAUAACCGUCCUUUUCACAUGUUUACAAUAUGGCUUGGCUAUGUGAAUUCUACAUUAAAUCCAUUUAUAUACCCACUCUGUAAUGAAAACUUCAGAAAGGCUUUCAAAAAAAUAUUUCAUAUUAAAACUUAACUUAUCUUGGAGAAAAUUAUACUGGGGACAGAUCAGCAGGUUUACAUUGGAAAGAAAAAUUCUGGUAUUAUUUAAAAGUAUUGUAAACGAAGUAAACGAUCAUUUGGAAAAAGUGGAAAAGGUAAAGAAAUCACCAGAAACUUAAAUUCUUUUAUAAUAUUUAGAUUUUAUUUACAAACAUACUUUACAAUUUGGAAACAGAUCGCAUGCAUCCUACAGUCAGGAAAUUUAUUGUCCUUAGGUUAUCAAAGAGAGACAAUCCUGUUCCCAUUUAUGUUACAGCAUCCAGUUCAGCUCUGUCUGAUUCAUGGUAAAGGCAAAAUCUCAUUUAGGCUCCACUUUUGGUGACUUCAUGGAUAUAUCCAUGCUAUUUUUCUGGACAACAGUACAGAAGUGGUUUGCCAGCACUUUCUUCUGGUACGUUUUCCACCUUUGCAGUCUAGCCUCUAGACCUGGAAUUCCCUGAUAGUCUCCUUGCCCAAAUACUAAUCAUGAAUAACUCUGCUUAGCCUUUUCAGGAUCAACCAACCUAGAUGCUGCCUAUCUGUUUCACUCUGCCGCCCAAGAUGCUUCCAUUGUUCUUUCUAAAGUAAAAAAAAAAAAACCUUAGGCUUAGCCACCCAUCUAAAGAGUAUUCCACAUUCAGCCCUUUCAAGGGAAAUCCAGGAGGUCCUCACCAUUAAAAAAGCAUCCACCAGCCUUUCUGAGCCAUUAGUGAAGCAGUUUGCCUGACUAAAAGAAAAUUGGGCAAGCGUGACUUCUGGAAUCCUUCCCAGACCCUGAAUGACAGCCUGCUCUGGGACAAAUGAUCAGAAGGGGACUUAGAAGGAAGCCGUUGACCACAUUCAGAGCUCCUGCCCAACUUUCUCUCCCAUGAGGAUGCUCUGCAACCCUUAGCCUGAUUUGGCCGUUUUGGAACUCAAUAUUUUUUAAUUGCCUUCUCCCCCAGGCUGAAUUUGUUCAGCUCAGUUUUCAGAGGAUUAUCAUGCUGAAAGGUGGACAGAUAAAUUCCCAAGCCCCAUUACAUAAUUUAUUUCCAAUAUGGCAUUGCACUGGAAGGAAUAAAACAAGUUAGGGAAAGCAUGCUGAGCAUGGUUUCUGGAUUUUUUCCCAACCCCUUUCCAGAAGUGGCCAUAGGAGACAACUAUAUUUUCAUGUGUGUAACAGAGUAACAUGGUUUGUGUAUGUGCAUCCAUGUUCAUGUGCUCACAUACUGGAAAGCGUAGGGUGGGUUCCAGUCUGGGUCACAUGACCAGGAGGGAUGGGGGCUUAUAAUGGAGCAGUCGGUAACAUUCCAAGUUACUAAAUGCUUCUCCCAUAGGAAAACAUAGGUAUUAUAAAAAGAAUACCAUAGGUAUUCUUUUUCUGGAAAGUUUUUCUGGAAAGUUUUUCUUUACUCUGGUGGAUUGGACUGGAUCAGAUCUGAUCCAUUUCUGAACCUGAUUUUGGGGGGGGGGGCAGCUCCUCCCACCACAGAAAAUUUGGUCCCAUUCUAUUCACUUGUCAGAGAGUUAUUCUCUGGUAGAGAUUGAUGGCUGUAUCCUGAGCCCUUUUACAAAAUUUCUUUCCAGCACUCCAUUGGGUUAGAAAGGAGAACAAGACAGAGAAAGCAUCCUGAGCAUGGAUGCUGGAGUUAUAUCCACUCUCUUUACCAGCAGUGGCCAUAUGAGGUUUCAGGCUGUUCUGUGUAACAAAAUAAUGUUUUGCAUGUGUAUGUUUUUGCUUCCCCCUCGUAUUAUGUGUGUCCGUGUGUGCACAUGCACACGUGCCCUGAGAAUCACAGGGCAGGCUGUGUAAACUCUGCUUUAGCUCCAGAGAUGAGGAAGGAGAGGGCCUAAGAACAGAGCAGUCAGCUGCAUUUCAAGCCAUAGCCCAAUUGCUGCUCCUAUAAGGAAUUUUUGGAGCUUUUUUCCUCCACAGCCCAUUUUUUUAAACUCAGUCUUUCUUUUGCUCUCAUUCUGUUCAAUUUUCAGAGAAUUAUCAGGCAGGCCACAAGUCCCUUUAUUUUAUUUCUUUCCAACAUUCCAUUUGGGUUGAAAGAAUAAAAGGCCAGUAGUGAGUAUACAUGACAGUGUUUUAUUUGUUUGAAUAAGAUCUAUAGCAAUAUAGUUUGCUUUCUUUGAAUGAGAUAUCAGUCUUUAGAAAAUUUAUAUAAUAGCACAUUCAUGUAAUCUAGAGUCAGAUAAACUCUUUGUCCUGGGUUAUCAAGUUUCUUCAUACAUUAUAAAACUCUGUGGAAUGUGUACCAUAAAGUUGUUAUGUCUGAAAUGCUCUUUUUUGUUCUAUUAACAUAUAAUCAUGCAUAUAUAAAGCGUAAUUGUUUAUCAGUUAGAAAUCUGAACAUCUGAUUUCCAAAAUGGGUUUCAGUAUUUAUGAAACUAAGUCUAGCAUUUAAUGGGGAAGGAUUUUCAAUGAAUAUACUAAAAAAAACCCCAGUAUAAUUAAUUAAUUUAAAGUUAAUUUCCGGUAUCUUUUUUGAAACACCAUAAUAUAUUUUUCCAUCAGUUACAAACAGAGGCUUUUUAAAAGAAAGGCUUUCAAUUGGGACUAUCUUGCAAAAUCCCAGACACACCUUACAGUACCUGAUACUGGUGUGAACCAUUGGCAAGAUGGAAAACAUUUGCUUGAAAUGGAUAUUAAGCUCCAUGAAGUAUGAGUUCCUAUUUUUUCAGAAGAUCAAUUUAAGAAAAUCAAUGUUUACAUGUUACUGAAGAUGGUAUAUUCUUGUAGCUUUUUUAUCUUUUUUUUCCCAAUGCUAUCACCUUCCAGAGAUCUAAUAAAUAAAAACACGUAAUGAAUGUAUGGUUUUCACUGCAUCCACCAUUUUAUGAUGCUGUAAACUCUGUUUUUAUUGAAACAGUAUCAGACACUAGCAAAAGGAAAAAGACCUCCUUUCUAAAAUUAGCUGUCAUUCUCUAGGCAGAAACCAUUUUUGAGCCUAGUUUGGUUUUAAUUUUUGAUAUUUUCUUGGCAAAUAUCAUGUUUUAUAGGUAUUGUCAUCACUUUUCCUCUUAUUACUUUUUUUUAGAUUAUUUUUUCUUAAACAGGGACAUGCCCACCAUGGGAAGUAUGUUUUGUUUCUAACCCAAAACACUGUGUUCUGGAAAUUUACUGGUCUACUCCAGAUGAAUCACAGUUUGGCAGAAACAAAACCUGGAAUAUUUUUGUUGCACUGGAUUUCUGGUGAAACAGAAGUUGCAGGGAUCCCUGAGUGGGUUUAUGAGGUAAGUAGGAUAAAGCUGGUGCUCACUGUCUCCUCAGCAGCUCCCAAUCUGGCAGAUGUCACCACCCUGGUCUUCUCAGGGCUUUGUCUUGCCUUUCCUCCCUCACGUGCCCUUAGCCACCACCAACGUCCCAGGCAUGGCACAGCCCACUGUCUCAUCCAGAGUAAGCAGUUAAAAAACAGGUUGCUUUUUUAAUAUUCAGACUAAACCUCUUGUAGGGAUAGCAUGUAUUUUCCAUUAUACUUAUGAGUUACAAAGACAGUGUGAAAUUUAAAGGUACUCUUUGAUAAAUAUAUUUAUCUGUCCCUCACCUCCCCUAUAUUUCACCCAUAUAAACUCUUAGCUUACCAGGAUGUUAACUCUUUUAGGGCCACAGCCAACUUAACAAAAAAACCAAAUUUAAAUCGGCAUAACUAUUUACAACCCAUUCUUUACAUGCUUCUUUGUCCCAGUGAUUCUCUGAACACCAUAUAUACCUGCUGGGGGAAGACUUUAGAGCCAGAGAAAAUGGAGGUGUCUUUGAUCACCCAGAAAUGGGACUCAGGGGCUGAGGUUCACCCUGGUUGGAAUGGUGGUUCACUCAUCUUGAAAAGGCAGAUUUGUAACAUGGGGUCCUCCUAGAUCAGUGUUUCUCAACCUUGGCAACUUUAAGAUGUGUGGACUUCAGCUCCCACAUUAAACUCAGUAAGUGCUGAAAACUGAAGUUGCGUGUGGCAGUGAAAGAGUUAAGGACAUGAUAGCUAGGGGAAAAACUCUGCGGUGCCCCCCUUUCUUUGGUUCCCUAAACACAGGAUUGUUUUGCUUAAUGGUUAAUCCAGGGCUAGGUAUAAUGCAUAAUGAUCAUGGUUAAUUUACAGGUAAAUUUGAAUGGUAUGAGAGCUAUGACUAAUUUCUUAAAACAUCAGAACUGUUAAAAUUGAAAACACAUGUAGAAUUUCACAAGAGUUGUUUGUUUUAUAAAUCAAUGGAAUAUAUGAUCUGAAUUCUGAAUAUUUUAAUACAUUAAUGAGAUUGUGUAUAAAAACUAUUAUAAGG